AUAACAUAAACAUUGAAUUUAUUCAAUGCACUGAAUAAAUUCAAAGAACAAUCAAUACAAGAUUUAAGAAUGCCAAGCCAAAAAUUGUAAAUUUUCAAUACUAAAGCAAUUAUGUGAAUAUAUUGUACAAAUUCAAAACGGAAGCAAUUACGACAGGAAAACGAUAACAGGAGUGCGGCUGUCAAUGCAUACGCCAGUUGAUAACGCUAUCGAAGCGUCGCCAGCUGGGCAGUCAACAAAAACAGUGCAAUUGCCAAAAGUUGUUGUUGUGAACGGCUGCUGUUCAAGUUCAGGUCAACGUGCUAUAUAUACGAAAAUUUUGUGUUGGUCCUGAAGCGGCGCUUAGCCAGGGAUGCUGUUGUCAACGUCAGCUGUGCUACUUUGAGUGUGUGUGCUAGACAGAGAGAGAGAGGGAGCGAGAUAUAGAGAGAGCGACAGAGAAGCAACGCUGCCAAGUGAAGAGCGGAGAGAAGCUGUCGCCGCACACAAGCCCAACAGAAUUAACGUCGCCAGUUGCCCAUUGUGAACGCUUCCAGUUAGGCAUUAAGCAUGCGCUUUAAUAGAUCGGAGCUGGCUAGCUUGGCGACCAAUUCAUCAACCAGAUUCGACAAGGAGGGUCUGCUGAUUAUAACUGAGCGCCAGGAGGGCAUUUUCUGGCGCACCGAUGUUAAACUGGAAUGCUGGUGCAAACUGCGUGGCAAUUUGCUGUUCUAUCUGAAGGACAAGAACCCAAAAUCCUCGGUCGCUGGUGUACUGGUGUUGCAGGACUGUCGCCCACGCAUACACCAUGAACAGCCCGAGCUGGAGGGCUACGUGUUUGAUCUAGACUUUAAGGACAGCCCCUCGCAACGCAUCGUCACGCACAGUGCAGCGGAUCGUCUUGACUGGGUGCGCAGCAUCGAGGCGUGUUCCCAUCAACAGAUCGACUUGCAAAUCAAACAUUUGGAGGAGCAGAUUGCGGCGGCCACAGCGGCCAAGCGGACGGCAGCCGCCGUCACCGGCACAGUCAUGGGCAAUCGCAUUGAUCAGGGUCUGCCGUUGCCAAGUUCCAUGUUUCCCGACUCCUGGCCGGCGUCGGCACCCAGCGCAACGGCAGAGGCGCCCUUUGAAGAUCUGGAGCUCUCUGAGCUGCCCAUCUGCGAGACGGCGAUCUCUUGUGAUAAUCUGCCGUUGGACAGCUUCGGACGUCCGCCGAAUCCGCGUGUCAUCUGCUCGGUGCUGCAGCCUGGCGAGGAUUGCCUCUGGCGGCAGCAUGCGCGCACCGAGCUGCUGGAGCGCGAACGCGCACCGCAUUUUUUGUGCACCAUGCGCUUCCUGCGCAGCGCCGGCUUUAAGGCAUCCACACGUCUGCGGUUCAGUGUGCACGAUGUGCGGGAGCGCGUCUCGCUGACAUCGCUGCCCCUGGGCCAUGCCGAGGUGGCGCUGGGCGUUAUACAGGAUGCGACACGGCUGCGCUUGCCGUUGAGCUCGCCGCGCGGUGAAUGCGGCUUCAUUACGCUUGCCUCCUGGGCGCCAGAGGCUGCCAACGAAUUGAACCCGACUAGCGGUCCGGAAAGGACAACGAAUGGCCUGACGCAGCCAACGCCGCCGCGCUCCAGCACACAGUUCUUUCAGCAGGCCACGGAUAACAACAGCAGCAGCAGCAAAACCACGAGGCAAAAGGGACAUCGUCGCACUCAAUCGCUGCCACCGAAGCUGGGCGUGCGCCUGUUUGUGCCACAGCAGUGUGGAGUGGGGCGCGUUUGCGUCAAUCCCUACCAGCACUCGUAUCGUCUGCACUCGUCGCUGGGCGCGGACAUCAGUGUGCUGGAGACGCUGCUGGAGUCGCGACUGUGCUGCGCGGUGCCGCAGCAGCUGCUCUCCAUUUGGAUACAGCGCGAAAAGGAGCUGCUGCAGGAGAUCUCCGGCAUGGGCGAGCUGAGCGGCGAGUGGCGCUGGCGUCAAAUGAAUCUGCUUGAGGAGCAUCUGCGCCUGCUCAAGGACUACUCGCAGGCCAAGCAGAACAUCCAGCAGCUGAUGCGCGACGGCGUUCACUACAAACGCUCCGCGGCCAAAACGGACGAGGCCCUCGAGUUUCUGCCCGUCAAUCUGCACGUUCAGCGUAUGUGGGCCCAAAAUGAUGCACUGCAGCGCCGGGGCGUCCUGGACAUUGUCACUGUCGGCGCCUUUACGCGCCACGAUGCAAAGGGUCGCAAGUGCGGCGGCCUCAUCAAGCUGCUGCAGGAGAGCAAGGCAUGGAAGCUGGAGCAGAGCAAUGCGUGCAAAGUGCAGGCGGCCAACGAUGCUGUCCAGGCCACAAAGCAGCUGCGCAAGGAGAUUGUCGAGCUGAUGUCCCAGCUGCUGCAGUUGGCGAGCCGACGCAGUGCCCGAGACAUGAUGCCGCUGUGCAACGAGAUGGUGGGCAAAACACGAACGCUGCUCAACAUCUGGGAGCCGAGCAUUGUGGAGGAGGCGGUGACCUUCAUUGAGUGUCAUCGCAUUAUCGAGGAGCCGGACAAUGUGCUCAUGGAGCCCAUGUCGCCGUUCCGCAAGAUCACCCAGCAGCUAAGUGCACUAGAGCUAAAAUCACCGGAACUGGAGGAUUUCGCUACGCCCGUGGUGGCGCCACCGGAUCUGUGGCCACGUGGGCAGCCGCUGAUGCGCUCCAACAGCUGGCAUCCUAGCAACUCGUCGCCCUCCAGCUCGCUGGACAUCAAUGCCAUUGACACGCUGCAGCAUGUGGUCAAGUGCUACAAUGCGCAUCUGCGCACCCUCGAACAGCACCAGGCCGUGCCCCAGGAGGCUCAAUGCAGUGAGCUGCAGGCCGAGGCCACAUAUCAAUCGCUGCCACCCAGCUGGCAGGGCGUGCCCACACAGUCGGCGACAGCGCUGCCGCCUUUGCAGCUAAUCGAUCUGGAUGAACUGGCGCAGGCAUCCCAGCCGCCGGCUGGCUUCCUGGACACCAAGCUGAUGAGCUCCUCGCCGUCGGCGAACUACUAUCGGCCCACCGAGGAGCCGGAGCCACUUGACCUAACCCAGCUAAAUAUUGAGGCAAGCGUCAUGUGUCUGGUCAGCAAGCUGAAGUUCUUUUGUGGCCGUUGCGACAGUCCUGCCAUCCGGUUGCGGCAUCCCAAAGUGCCGUUAAAGCGCGAGGGCUUCACGGUGGCGCCCCAGCAGGCGCCCGAUGUGAUAGCCGCGCCCACGGCUCCGCCGUCGCAGCAGCUGAAACCAGAUCUGGCACCUGCACCAACAUUGCCGGCACCGGCACCCAAGAAGGGCAACAAAUUCACCGACGGCCUGGAUCUCUCGCUGACCACCGACUGGGUGGGUGAACUCCGUCCCAGCAUGCGUAAGCUACGCCAUGCCAUGGAUCGUCUGCUGAAAACGGCCCGGCUCAUGCACUCCGUGCAGCGUCUGCAGCAGGAUGUGCGCUGCAAUCGCCUCCAGGCGAGCAUCAUGUACCGACGGGAUGUAUGCUUCUCGCAGGCGUUGACGGCUUUGGUCAGCGCCCUGAUGCUCCGGCUGUGGGGCAGAGAGCUGGAUAGCGCCUAUUUGUCGCUGCUGCGCGAGCUCGGCCCGCUGGCGUACUUUGAGGGUCUGCUGUCGCUGUACGGCUCCGAGACGGAUAUGUGGAGCGACAUGUGCAUAGCCAUUGAAGAUUUGUCGGCGGUCAGCUUUACGCUGGUGCCGGCGGCGCAGGGCGAGGUGACGCCCAUGCCGCGCAUAACGGGCUCGCGCCAGGCACUGGAGGUGCUGCUGCCCGUGCCGGAGCACGUGCUGCCCACCACAACAAUUAGCUUUAAAAUCACACCCGUCUUCUUCAAUAUUGGCAUCAAUGAGAAGGCGACGCUGGGCCAGACACGGGAACAGCAUCGCUCCAAUCUGGACAAUUAUGUGCGGCUGAGCCAGUACUUCAGUCGCUACCGCAAGCUGGGCCUGAAUGCGACGGGCGCGGCAGAUGCCAGCUCAUCGGAAUGGGAGUCGCUGCAAUCGCUGCUCGGCUAUAUGGAGCAACAGCUGCGCGCCAAUGUGUCCAAAAACGUAAAGAUACUGCAUUUAGCCGAGGAUGCCUGUCGUCUGAUGGGCGGACUGCGCUUUACGUCCUGCAAGAGUGCCAAGGAUCGCACCGGCAUGGCCGUCACCCUGGAACAAUGCCGUGUCCUGGUGCGUGAAUUCCAGCUGCCGGCUAAACAUGUGCCCUUCGCACUGAGCACCAUGCGCAGCGAGGGCACACGCAUGGAUAAUGUCUACAAGAAUAUUGGCAAGCACAAGUAUGCCUUCAAUCUGCCUCAGGUGAUUAUGCUGCCGGCCAUGUAUAGGCCACCUGUGGGCGCCUAUGGCAAAGCCCAGACCUAGGCCCCAGAGAAUUUCCGGUUGCAAAUUGUUUUUAGGCUAAGUCAAAGCAGGUGACCCCGAGUACUUAUGAGAAACAUAUAUGACAUAUAUAAACUGUGCCAAAAAAUCAAACAAACAAAUUAACACAAAUUAAUCAGCUCUUGCAAAAUGCAAGCAAAAAAACAGAACUAACAAACUAAUUUAAUUAGAGCAACACAAAUAGAGAGAGAGAGAGAGAGAGAGGGAGAUAGAGCGCGGGAAAUACGAGUAGAAGGAGAAGCCUUCGCCUUGGAGCGGGGCGUUUGUUAAACGCAUUAAACAAUUCCAUAGAGAAGAUAUAUUACAUAAAUAUAUAUAUAUAGGUUUAGCUUUCCUCUAUUUAUGUACGUAUUUAUUUAAACUAUUAUGUAAUUUAUAAACACGAUUCACUCGGCAUGUUACUUGUGGGAGCGCAACGUUCAAUUCCAUGUACUUCCAGCAAAAGAAAUGAACUUGUUAAUCAAAAUAAAAUAAAAAACAACAAAAAUUAUGCGACUAACAAA